UUUACUAAUGGGAAACUAAAAUGGGCAAGGAUUUGAUCAUUCAAAAUAGAGUGGUUUGUACAUUCGUACAGAGAAACCAUUUUAUUUUGCAGGUGAAGAAGUCAAAGGUAUUUGAAUAAUUAAAUUUUAGGCAAUAUUUACUUGAAUGUUGGUGGAGGUGCUUUUCCUAGCUCAACAAUUUACUUAAAAGUGAAAGGAUCUGAGAAAGCAAAAUGGUCAGAAACAAAAACAGUUUGGGAAACAAUACCAGGAACAAAUCCUCCAUAAAGAUAAUCAAAAUAAGUUACAGAACAUUAUGAUAAUGAAAAUGAGUUUUAUCAACAUAAGAUUCCAGUUUACAUAUUUUAAUAAGGGUAUUAUAUAUGAAUUGAUAUAAAAGAAUGAUACCAUAAGGAUAAUAUACAUUUCCUUUUGGCUUCAAAUUAAAAGAGAAUCUUCCAGGAUCAUUUGAAUAUUCAGAAAAAGAUUUAGAAUGUAGAAUAAGAUAUAGUGUAAAGGCAGAAAUAGAUUCACCAAAUAAGAGUUUAGAUAAAAUUAAAUAUAAAUAAGAAUUUUUAGUAAGAGAACCUAUUAAAGAAAUUGUUAACUAAACAGAAGGAUAAUAAGUUUUGUAACCUACAUCAUGCUGUUGUAUACCUUUAGGAGUAAAUUAAAUAUAAUCUAUGUUUUUAGACUAUAUUUUUCAAAUUUCAAUUUGAUAAAACCGCUUAUUAACCUGGAGAUAUUGCUCAAUUAUAAGUGGAAAUUGAUAAUUCACAAUCUAAAGUUGCUAUACCUACAAUCACAGGAAGAUUGACAAACACAUUAAGAAUUGUGAGUAAAUAAGGACAUUUUAGAUUGAUACAUAGAGUAUGUGGAAACUCUAUGAUUCCAGGACUUUAACCUGGUUAAUCUGCUAUGAAUGAAUAAAGAAAAAAUAUGACUUUAACUUUAAUGGAUUAACAUAAACAUAAACCUUUGGAUCCAACUACUAAUGGAAAGGUUGUAAUGAAUAAUUAUCAAUUAUCUGCUACUGGAGAAUUAGAUGGAAUAUGUUUAUGUUGUACAUAAACUCCAGGGAUUGAAUUUCCUAUAAGAAUUGUUGCUAAACCAUUACCAAGUUAUGAUCAACCAGUUGUUGCUCCAUCUGGAUGGAAUCCUUAAGUUAUGAAUGUAUAAUACAAUCUUUAAUAUUCUAGCCUGUUUCUGUACAAUUUGAUGAUUCUUAUAAAUAUUAACCUGCAACUGGUGGAGUAUUGCUUCCUGCUCAAAAUUAAAAUCCACAAGGAUAUUAAAACCCUAAUCAACCCUAUUAUGGAUGA